AGAACAGAGCGGCACGAUGGCCGAGUCCAAGCCGCAGAGGGGCUUCCCGCGUCUGCGCCGCGCCACGACGUCGUUUCCUGGCAACCUGCACUUGGUUUUGGUUCUCCGCCCCUCCGGCUUGUUAAGCCCCGCCCCCAGCCCAUCCUCCAGCACCGACCUGGGCUUCCGCUUCAGCCACGAUGACUUCCUGUUCAGGAUGCCGGUGGUGAUGCUCCGCUCGGUGGGCGACCUGCUCCGCUACAUCGACGACAACCGCCUAACGUCGGAGCUGCGCGGCGACGCCGAGCGCUGUCGCGGCGACUGGAUCGUACUGCGCUCGGCCAUCGAGACGUUCGCCGUGACGGUGAAGGAAGCGGCGCACCUCCUGCAAGGCUUCGGCUCCGAGCUGUCCGACGGCGAACUUCCCGACGACGCCGACGCCGUCGACCUCCUGCUGCGCUCGCACACGCGGCGAUACCGACACAUGAAGGAGGACAUUACGGGGCUGCUGAAGGAAGGGCGCCUCCUGCUGGACAACCUGGAGACGCACCUGGCCUCCACGAAGGACACCGCGGAGGACGAGGAGGACGUCCAAUCAGACUUGCGCACGGUGCAAAGGCUGCUCGCCCAGCUGCGCGACAUGGAGGAGGCGUUUGACGGCUUCUUCGAGAAGCACCACCUGAAGAUGCAACAGUGCCACCAGCUGCUGCUCUAUGAGCGCAGCUUCCAGCUGAUGGAGGAGGAGCUGGAGAAGACAUCCGGCGAGGAGAAGGCCAUCCCGGCCGUGGGGAACACGCUGCUGCGCGCGGAACAACUCCUCAAAGAUCUGCACGCUCUGGAGCAACGCGCAGAGGAAGUGAUGUCCCGCGCUGGGGUUCUGACGCUGCAGGGCCACCAGCUGGCCGCCCGCCAUCAUUACGCCCUGGCGCUCAUCAUGCAGCGCUGCAAUGAGUUGCGUCAUCACUGUGAUGUCAUCAGCGGGGGACUGCGCAGCAAACGCGCAACGCUAGUGCGAGCGAAAGACCUGCUCACGCGACUCGACCAGGCUCUGCGCUGGUGUGACGAGGGCGCGUACCUGCUGGCCAGUCAGAUGGUCGACCGCUUCCAGAGCAGAGAAGGCGCUCAGGAGGCCCUGCAGUACCUGAGCCGACACCGACAGAGGGCGCCAGAUGUGCUGGACAGCAAACAGGAUGUGCUCAGUCUAGAGUUUGAGGCCAUACUCACUCCCCAGCUGCAGAGUCAGAUCUCCAUGGUGACGGACAAGCUGGAAUCCAUGCGGGCCAUGAUCCACAACAGAGAGCAGUGUCUACGCAAGAUGGCCGACGUGCGGGUCAGACCCGUCCAGCCGGUGGCGCCGCGGCCCGAAGCGGAACCGGCAGAACCGACCGCGCCGCACGGAGUCAAGGCGCCGCUCUUCUCGCCCAAACACGGUGUGGACUUCAACCUUCUCAACUCCAGGUUCCCCUUCGAUCUGCUUCCUGGAAAGAGAACCUCCAGGAGGACCAGCGGCCAACGAAAAAUUGAAGUGAUGCACGACUACCAAGGCAACCGCAGCUCCUUGUAUGGCUCCGCCCCCGACAGCGACUCAGAGGCGGAGGAAGGGGCGGAGCAAGUGAUGAUUCGCAUCAUGAAGGAGCUCAUCUCCACCGAGAAGAUUUACGUGGAGGAGCUCCUCGCCGUCCUUCUGGGCUACCGAGCAGAGAUGGAGGAUCCGUCCAUGUGUGAUCUUCUGCCGUCGCUUCUCCGCAGUCACAAGGACGUCCUGUUUGGAAACAUGCCACAAAUAUACCAGUUUCACAGCGGGUACCGACGCCAUCCUCACCGUAUUCACCAACCUCAUCAUGUUCACCACCUUCACCGUGUUCACCACCUUCGCCAACCUCAUCGCCUUCACCAAAUUCACCACCUUCACCUUCUCACCGCUGACCAGCCUGGAUGUCAACAUAAAACUGUGUUUUCUACUUCCAGAACAUUCCUGCAGGACCUCCAGCGCUGCCUGGACACGCCGGAGCGGGUGGGCCGGUGUUUCCUGCAGCGGAAGGAGAACUUCCAGAUGUACGAGCAUUACUGCCAGAACAAGCCUCGCUCGGAGUCGCUAUGGAGAGAGUGCUCGGACUCUGCCUUUUUCCAGGAGUGCCAGAAGAAGCUGGACCACAAGCUGUCUUUGGAUUCGUACCUGCUGAAACCCAUCCAGCGCCUCACCAAGUACCAGCUGAUCCUCAAGGAACUUCUCAAACACUGCACGGAGCCGCAGUACCGCACGCAGCUGCAAGAGGCGCUGGACUGCAUGCUGGACCUCGUCAAGUCCGUCAACGACUCCAUGCACCAGACCGCCAUCGUCGGCUACCAGGGCGAUCUGGGCCCGCUGGGCCGCGUGCUUCUGCAGGGCGGCUUCGGCGUGUGGAUCAGCCGCAAGAGGGGGGGCGCGCGCAUGCGGGAGCUGGCCCGCUUCAAAGCCGCCCGGCGCCACGUCUUCCUCUACGAGAGAGCGCUGGUCUGCUGCAAGCGCCGCGACGACCGCCGCCGCUCGCCCGUCUACAGCUUCAAGUCCUGCCUCGGGAUGAACUCGGUGAGCGUGACAGAAAACGUCAAAGGAGACGCCAAGAAGUUUGAACUCUGCCACAGAGGAACACAGGAAGUCUACAUCCUCCAGGCUCCCAGCACGGAGGUGAAGGUCGCUUGGCUCACGGAGAUCCAAAAGAUCGUCAGCCAACUGCACAAAGAUACCCUCAUCUCGGACAGCUCUUUCAGCCACGCACGCUCCGCCAGAUGGGAGGAGUCUGCCAACGCCAGCCCCGCCCACUCCGACCCCACGCCGCACUCGCCCCCGCGAGCCUGGCCGGCGGCCAUCUGCGACGGCUUGGAGGACUGGGGGGCCACGGACGGCUCCAACGUGUCCGAUACCGACGACGACGACGACGACGACGACGACGAGCGGCCCGCGCCCCUGGCGGCGGGUCGCUACCGAGUCCUAGUGGCCAGCGGCACGGCGAGCAGCGAUGACAUCAUCUUUAUGUGCGGCGAUGUCAUCCAGCUGCUGCAUUGCGACGCGGACGGAAUGUGGCUGGUGAGGAAUGUGAGCCGCGACGAAGAGGGGCGUGUCCCGGCCGAAGACUUGCGCGGGAUUCUGGGAGAGACGUGCUGAGAGCCAACCUCCUCCGUCACCGACGUGAAUCCGGCACGUGCCAAAUUGCUCCGCUUUGAAACUAAAGGUUAGCGUAGGACGUUAGCGUAGCGCCUUCACUUGCACAAACAUGUUGUCUUCCUUUUUUGUACACACGCGUGAUGUUUGUGACAUUUGCACGAGGGAUGUCCAAUUAUCGGUAUUGGGCCGAUUCGGCCUUAUUUCAAGGUGUCGGGUAUCGCUAAGGCAGAAAAAGUCCUCCUCGCCGGUGGGUGGUUGGCGGCGCUGCACUGCGGCCGUGGGACACAACGGCGAAUCGCGUGCGUCAGAAAGAAAGAAAGAGAGAAAAGUCUUCGUUCGUAAUUAUCUUCCAAUGCGUUCAUUGAAAUUGUAUGUAUCCAAAGUACUCGUGAUAUCGAGUAGAGCACUCGAGCGUGAAUACGCACACUGGUAUCGGUCUGAAGAAAAGUGCUAUGGAACAUCCCUGAUGCGGCCAAAGCGAAGGCGAUCGAGUCAAACGUGACCGGUCGCCACAGAAGAGCGUCAGAAGUGGCUUACAUGCGACGGCCGGCAGGGGGCGCCUGUGCAAAGAAAACGUGACAUCGUCAGGAGCUUUCGGAUUCGACUCGGCGCCCUUCGGCACUUUUGUUUGUCCUUUUCGAAGCUCGUGUAGUCGUUUGUUUUGUUUUGGGGCCGCGCUUGUUUUCAAGGCGCUCCGUAACCCAAAUGGAUUUGAGUUGAGUUGAUCCCGUCGGGACUUUCACAAUAAAAGCACACGAUCGACUGACUUCCUGUUUGUCGUCAACGAGCUGACACGUUCGUGCAUCUUUAUUCUGGAAAACGAUUCGCAACUGGGCAGCAAGGAGAACAGGAAGUGGUCGUGAACGCACCAUCUGCGGUGCGCACGAGCAACAGGUAGCUAGCUAGCAACAUUUCAAAGGUAGCGACGUGAAAGCUUUUGUGAAAAAGUCCGCUCGUAAAAUGGGAUCGGCGUUCGGGUUAGGCUUCAAUACGUAUUGAGACUUCGGGCGAGGUCGUACCAACGCACUUGAGGGUUCGGUUUAGGUUGAAGGUACCACCACCUCCACGUGCUUUUUUAGAGCAUUUCCACUUUGAAAUGAUGAAUGAUAUUUCUUGCACUGGAUGCUGUUUUAAUUGUAUUUUUAUUGGAUUGUCUCUGUUUGAAAGGUUUAUCAACUCUUUUUUUCCCCGUUGUUGUGAAAUGAUUGGAAUCAUGUAAAGCACACGGAGUUACCGUGUCUAUAUCAAUCAAUUUGCUUUGCUUUGCUUACAUAUUUUGGGUUCGGUACUACCUGCACAGAGUAUUUGGGCUUAGGCUUCGGUACCGCCUUUGGAUUUUGGUGGAGUGCGGUUUCCGUAGCUAGUUACGCAUGCGCGCCGUCGACGGAACUCGGAACAGGAAGCGGCUACCGACAGAGGAAGAAGAGGAAGCGGCGCCCGGUGCUCACGAGUCGGUCUUGAUGCCGGUGGUGUUGCUGAUCCAGGCGUAGUAUCGCGAGAUGCGCGUGUACACGCCGUACUUUCCGGGCCGGGCGCAGCCCUCGCCCCAGCUGAUGAUGCCCGUGAGGAACCAGGUGUCCCGGUGGAGGGUGACGUGCGGCCCCCCGCUGUCGCCCUGGCACGAGUCUUCCUUGCGGUUCCGGAAGCCGGCGCAGAACAUGAAGGCGGUGAUGCGCUGCUCGCUGCUGGCCUUGCAAGUGGUGCGCUUCACGAAGGGGACGUCCAGCUUGCGCAACUUGCCGGACAGCAGCCCCCCGUCCCGGACGCGCCCCCAGCCGCUCACCGCCGAGGUGGCCGCCUCCUCCAGGAGGCUCUCCGUGAAGGCUUUGGGUCCCAGGCAGACGGGCCGGCGCCGCGGCGACAUCUCCGCCGGGACGGCCAGCUUGAGCAGCGCCACGUCGUGGUUGAAGCGCGACUUCCGGAACUCGUACGACUUGUGGACCAGUUCUUCGGCCACCUCGUGGUCGCGC